AUGGUUGUCCAUUCUAAGGAUGAAGCCUUGAUGUGCAAGGUGUUCCCAUCCAAUCUGGGACCUGUUGUGAUGAAAUGGUUCAACGGCCUAAGGGCAGAUUCCAUCGAUUCCUUCAAGGAGCUCACCCAGGCAUUUGGCUCUCGUUUUAUUACAUGUACCAAGGUCUCUCGGCCCAUUAAUUCCCUAUUAUCCUUAUCCAUGCAAGAAAGGGAGACUCUAAAGACGUACUUGGACCAAUACUGGGAAAUGUUCAACGAGAUUAAUGGUGACUUUGAUGACGUGGCCAUCAGCACCUUUAAAGCCGGCCUCCCAGCAGAGCAAGAUUUAAGGAAGUCUUUGACUGGCAAAACUGUCACUAGUGUGCGCCAACUCAUGAACCAGAUUGAUAAGUACAAGAGGGUUGAGGAAAACCAGCAGUUGGAGAAAGGAAAAGCUAAGGUUAUCCCUUAA